AGGUUUUUAACUUCACAAUGAAGCAAGGAAUAAAAGCCUCAGGAAUCCUAUAUGGGGUAUGCAAAGGGGCCAUCCGGCCAUGAUAUCAAUUACAUGGAUUAUAUUAUCAUCAUACCAAACCACCCAAAAGAAGCAGGUAUAUUCUUGGCUUCAAUUAUAUGCAUGCCAAGAAAUCAGAUGCUGGACAACAAGAAAGCAAGGGAAAACAGAGAAUUUUUAUAAUUCUUUCCUUAGGUCUGUGGGUAUAGUUUUUCAGUUAGAUGGGCAAGAGUUACUUUCUGGUAACCCGUUAAACCCACGUAAUUACCCUCCAGACCUACCCCCUUGAUUAUCUGGGUCGCAGAUUAAACGUCUUAAGCAACUCUUGAGUAUGGUUUCAUCAUGCAUCUGGGGUCCAAAGAAGAAAAGUAUUAAGGCAAGGGGCAAAAGCAAGUGAGAUCUUGUUUCACUAAUUCAAGUAAUUAACUUAAUGAACUAUAUAUAGAAAAUCAUUACCUAUGGACACAUUUCUAACCAAUAAAAUGGGUUUCAGAAA